GCCCGAUGGUUGAAUACUUAUUUGGAAACAGAAAAAUGUAAUCUUAUAUUUAAGCUCACGUAUGCAACAAUGAUAUCGUGGCUACAAUGUUUUUGCCAUAUAGGAAAAACCAGCAAUUGCUCUGAAAACCAGUUGUCUCAAAAUGUCAUCAGGUGCAUUUUCAAUGAGUGGGCUGAUAGCUCGCCGCGGCUCUUCUGCUAGCUCGUCCAGUCGAAAAUCAUCCAAUAGCGUUAAAUCUCAAUUCAGUUCUGUUGAGCAUGGAUCUAGCAGCUCAAGAGUCAACGGAAGUGCUUCUGAGCCCAAUGAGAGGAAAACUCUACUUUUUAUACCGAAUGGGCGACGCAUCGAUUUUGCCUAUAAAAAUGACCUCACAGUACAAGAACUGUUUGACAUUGCCUGCAGUCAAGCUGUAGUCGGUGAAAGACAGUUUUUUGCACUGUACACUUAUGACGACAAACAAAAUCGGCACUGGCUCGAUCCGAAAGCAAAGUCAACAUCCUGCAUUGCUGAUUCAACGAAGCGAAACUUCGAAGUCUACUUGGGCGUCAAAUUUUUUGUGCCGGAUAUCACGCAACUUGCCAACUUCACAUCAAUUGAAUUGUAUUACUUUGAAUGUCGCAAAUUAGUGUACCAGGGUGAAUUAAAUGCCAACUGGGACCAGCUGAUCCACUUAACUGCACUAGCCAUACAAGAGAGCUUUGGUGACUUCCACAGUGAGGAGACUACGGGAGAUAUCAUAUCAGAGCACAAAUUAAUAUCUUUUCCAGCAGAUGCACAAGCUGCCUUGAGAGCACAUUGCACACACGAGAUCAGUAAACAACACCACAACUUGAUCGGCUGCUCGAAGCAACGAUGUAUUGUGGACUACAUGCGAAUAGCGCAAUCUAUCCCUACGUAUGGUCAACAUCUAUACCCAGUGAAGAACAAGACCUCAAGUGGAAGACUGGUCUGGUUGUCUGUGGGGGUUGGGGGACUGAAACAGUGGAGUAAUCAAGGUGGGGGUGGGAGUAAAGAGAUGGGCUUUGGAGAUGGAGACUCGAUAAGCCUCGACGCGAGCUAUAACUGGAGUGCCAUAACACAGAUGAGACAAUCGGGCAAGGAGUUCACAAUAGAAGUAGAACAAACACAUCAACAACAAGAAAACACAUAUCCCAGUCUUUCCAGAGAUUCAAGAAAUAGACGCAAAACAUACGACAACACGAUAGAUGAUGACUCAUACUCACGUGUCCAUCCAUACGACAACUUGAACGACAGUCCACUGUCGAGGAAAAGUCAGUUCAGUGGAUCGGACUCAUCGGAGGCAAUGAAUAGAGGGGGUAGUCAGAGUGCAACACGGCGACUGUUUUCGGGACUCAGUUCAGCUCGGAUGGGGCUGAACAGCAGUCACCAUCAGAGAGGUGGUGGCGGAUCCAUAGCUGAACUUUCCCAAUCCUCAAUAUCAAUAUCAAACAGCAACUCAUCUCAAAGCACAAAAAUUCACAACACCAAACAGUCAUCAUCUUCAAAUAGGACGAUGACGUCAUCUAGUUUGAUCACGUGGAGUGGCAAAAAUGAUCUAAUGAAGAAUGUGUUCAGAUUAGCUCAAGAUCAUCACAAGUUUUACCUCAAUUGGACUUUUCUGGACUUGCAGGGACAUUAUAAUUCUGAGCAAGGCUACGGAGGGGGAAGAGGUUUCGUUGGAGAUCACCAGGAGCGGUAUGGAAGUGGCAGUGUCGCAAAUCUUAAUGAUCCAGCUGACUCAGCAAUCCAAGCAAUAAAGCGACCCUCUCUGCCUGCUCGUUACGCAUCGGCGGCAAUGGUGGCCACCAGCCAAACCAACAUCAACAAUGCGAAUAGUCAUAAUAAUAAUAACAACAACAACAAUCGCGAAGCAGGACGAGAUUCCCACUCUAGUCUAAACGAGGUUGGCAUGAGUCAUCUAUCAAAUAGUGAGCUGUCAAUCAACUCUUCGAGUGGCUUCAGUGACUCAGGCUACAAUAUCGGACCUGGAUAUCACAAUAACAACAACAGUCACAGAAACAGUGGCGGAUAUUAUUACAGCAACCAUCAUAAACUGUACACGAAUAACAGUCCCCUACAUAAGAAGUCACUCCAGAAUAGUGCAUGUUCAGUGGGGGGUAAUAGGCACGGAGGAGGGGGAGGGGGAGGAGGAAGUGGUGGGGGUAGUAGACACAGUGGCACUGGGUGGAGUUUGCAGACUGGGGAUACUAACUCGUUCAGCGAAGAUUCUUCGAGUUUCUCCAUGCUCUCAGGAACAAGUGAUCUGGGUCCCUCUAUGGAGACUCUACAGGACUUGGUUGUGGCAUUCAGUGCACAGCGGGACACUCUUCUGGACAAACUGAGAGACAAGUUGGACGAACUCAAAGAAGUCUGCAUGCAGGAGAGCGAGAUCACAGGCGUAGUUCCCAAAGAGUAUCCAGUCAGUCCCGGCAACACUCCCCCUCAGCCCCGCAAGAGAGUGGGCACUAGAUUCCAGCUGCCAGAGAGUGUCCUCAUGUCAGUGCAUAAUUUGGGUCAAGUAGGAGCUUACAAGGCCAAACUGGGCAUGGGAACAGCAGAGGAAAGGCUGGAAGCACUUAAGAGACAGAGGAGUGACCUGCAGGCGGAGGUGGAGUUGAAGGCGCAGAUAGUGGAGGCUGAGAAGAGACUGUUGAGUGAACAGGGGGCCAGUGGGAGGAAGGUCAGACGAGGUCAGAGGAAGGAGCGCAAACAGAACAUUGCCAAGAUGGAGACUCAGCUGCGAGACAUGAAGUUCAAACUAGUUCAACUAAAACGAGACAUCGACAACUUCUCAAUCGAAACAAACAACAAUUCUCACCUUCACAACAACAUCGCCACCGACCCCUCCCACCGACUACGCGGUGGAGACACCCUCCGUCACUACGAACUGUCAACAACAACAACAACAACAUUGAUGGGAAGUGUGAAUAGAAAUAGAGCACAUAGUCUGACAGAUAGACUGAGGAAUCAUAUAGGCGUGUCGGCUCAGAGUACAGACGCGUUAAAUACUCCAACUCCGACGAAUAGUGGGAUGUAUUCUAAUCAUAGUCAGAUUCCCCUUUCAUACACGCCUGUCAACAACAACCCCCACCCGACAUCUAUCUCUAGAGACAUCGUCAAGUCCAGUCCCAGCACCCCACUGGUUCUUUCAAGACAUAACCCCCUCCACCUCAGCACCACGUGGGGAACUAAUGGGGGAGGGGGAGGGGGAGGAGAAGGAGAGGAACAUGACUUCUCUUCCACGGGGGUGUCGGAGAGGGAUUUAGAUGCGACUCCGACAGCCUUAAUGAUGAUCAAUCGCAACAGUGCCACAACCACUCUACCCCGAACCCCCCAGUCUUCCAGUAGUAGGGGGUCUAUCCUCCCUUCUCCCUCUGGCGCCAACCCCUUCUACUCUCGCCCACCAGAGUACAACAAUCUCUAUGGGGGGUACACCCCCUCUGAGGGGAAUGAGGAUGAUGGAGAGGGAUAUGUGCCCAAGACUGCUUACCAGGUGACGGACUACCGAAGCCGAAGAUACCCGACUUACUCUUCGAUGCGACUGAAACAUAAAUCAAACGACGACCUUCUCUCAUCUUCAAGAUCAUCAUACGCAUCCACGUCCUACACCACAACUGGCGACAACAGCAACAAUUGGCGACAACCCACAUCAAGUGUCAGUUUACAAAUGGGAGCAAGUACUCACAGAAAUUACCCAACUUCGAGGAUAGAUUUGAAUCUAAAUGCGUCGACCUGUAGUAUCCCGUCACCAGGAAUAGUUUCGGGUUCAAAUCAGCUACAAGCAAUGUCAAGUGCCAGUUUAAGUUCAAACAUAUCAACCAGCAGGGCGGUCGAACAUUCAGCAUCAUCAACAUCAUCAAUCGCAAGUCAGACGCAACUGUUUAGGCGAUCGAAUCCAGCGGACUCCUCCAUUCAGACCCCGAACUUAUUUUUCCCAACUGGAGGUCCGACCGUCCGGGAAUCAUCCAAAAAGUACUAUGCCAUGCCUUAUAAUACAACAUAUAAUAGUAAUAAUGCUUCUAUCAGAAAUGGUUCUACCGAACACUUUGUUGCUAAAACUACAGGAGGAAAUUUACAUACGACGUUUAACGAGUCCAAUCAGUUUUCAAUGCCCUACAGUUCUUCAGAUUUUGAAUAUUCACCGAGUAAAGUGACAGCUACAACAGUUUUUCACAACACGAACUCGUAUGCUAUGAGUGGUAAUAUCAGUCAACGACAAGAAUUGAAUCUCAGUCACGACGAAAUGUUCCCCCAAUCUUUAAGUUUAACUUCACUUCAAACUGGAAUAAACACGACUCAGGAGCACCGAGAAACGAGUAUGACUCACUCUAAGUCGGAUUUCGACCACGCUGAAAAAAUAUCACCCGGUUCACCGCAAAUUUUUUAUCAAAGCCCAGUCCAUAAAUUGAAGGCUAAGUUAGCACAAAAUGGACAGAUGGUUCAAGGGUCAAAUUACCCCCUGGGGUUUGGGGGUGAAAGGAAUAUUGGAAUGGAGAGGUCAAAUGAGGCUUACGUAGUGUCAGAAGUAACCUAUUCAGAACGUAGUGGUGAUUCCACGCCUCUCUCUUUCCGACUGUAGCUGAACGUAGUCAAAAACCAACUCGAUUGACCUGGAAUGAUUUAGGGCAGAUGCGCUUCACGAGAGAAGAAACUGAAGAGAGGCUGUUCAACAGGCAAAUUCCUAGAAUUCAUCAAUUGUGUGGCCUUCAAAACUUUUUUCCGUAUCAAUUUUUAUGCCAGCAAAUAAAUUACUCAAAACUUAAUUUUCAUUUCAACGAUGCAAUAAACUUGGCCCAAGUUUUACUUUUUGUUUCUUCAGUUUACUUUGAAACAUGUAAUUUAACCCGAUAUUUAUUUUAAGUCUUUGAUAAAAACUUGUUGACAAAAGUUAAAAUUUCACCGAAUUACAUCAUCUGCUUUUGGAGUGCUUUAGACAUUCUUCUCAA